AUGGCAGAAAGAAACAUAAGCUAAAAUUCAAUUGACUCUGAUAAGCUAAAAUUUGAUAUAAAUGCACGAAACUCCUAAGAAGUGACAAAAGAAUAUGGAUCAAUUAGGCCAUACAAUUAUAAUUGUAAUUAGUUAAUAUUAAUAUAAAGGCUAAUUAGAUUAAUAUAAUGUGAAAUUAUGUGGAGUAGUAUUUGAUGCUAUAGGGCAACCAGAUUUCUUCUUGAAGAAUGAUAAUUUGGAAACCAAAAUCGACACUCUAGAAUGA